AUGUUCAAGAACAGAAAGGAAAAAGUUGCUUUGUAUGAGACCAUAGCUGGUGUUCAAGAUAUCAGUACAUUACCUGCAACAAGUUUAAACAUAUAUUCUAGUUACAAUCAUGGGUUGGAUUCAGGGAAAGAAAAUUACACCACUUAUGACAUCUUUGUUGCCCAUGUAUUGAAGAUCUUGUUAACUUAUAUCAUCUUUGUGUAUAUGAGAUUGUUCGACAUUCAUGAAUGGAUAUUGCAUUCGGUUGAAUUGUUUCGGAUUUUGCGUUUAGAUGUGAAAUACUUGAUCUAUGAUUAUGUCAAGAUUUCGUCACUGCUGUACUUUCAAAAUUUGUUGACAGAGAUUCUGUUUUACUGGUACAUUGCAACAUCAAUACCAGGUCUUUUUUGGAGAGUGUUUAACCCAUGGUCUGGUUCUCCCAUUGGGUUGGACCAAUUUUUGCAACAUGUCCCCAAAUCCAAUAUACCAACUUCAUUAGGUUUAAUUUUGCACUACCAUCCACCAUUGUUGAAACCCCCACCGGAUAUUCCUCAACCGUAUUUGGACUCAGAUAGGAAGAUUCAGGUUCCCCAGAAAAAGGAUGUCCAAUAUGCUAUUGCUAUCAGAAGCGAAUAUUUUGCCCAGCACCAAGCACAUGUUGCUUCAGAACGAGUUCGGUUAUUGAGAGAAAUUGGUCAGUUUGUUACUUGGUGUUGCUUAGUUCCGUCAAUUGAAACGGUUACAAUUGUCGAAAAGAAGGCAACUUGCUGGGAAGUGGAAGCAGAUUUCAUUGAUUCCGUGAAAAAUGCAAUUUUAGUGGAAUUAGUUGCUUUGAGUAACACUUGUGAUCCAGAAGAGUUGACAAAGCUCAAGGGGUUGCUACCGCAAAUCGUCGUGGUGAACAAGUUUACAAAAGCUACUUAUACCGUGAAUGAGAGUGAGGUUCAGCCGCAUGAGGUGACGACAGAGCUAGAGGAUACUUUGGAGAAUAUAAUUGCAGUUUAUCAGGAUCAAAGAACGCUCACUGUUAUCCUUUGCGACUCUCGUGUCCGUAUUACUAAUUAUAAAAUCGUAACGUCAAAAUCAGAUGAUUUGAAAGCUGAUGAUCCAGAAUUCAACAUCCAGUUUCCACCUACACCUGGGUACAUUAUUGCACCAAAAAGCACUCGUGGGUUUAAUCAUCUGCUUGAAGGUUACGUUUGUGUUGAUGAAGACCCCAACAAACUGAACAUGGCAGUAGUGCACUUUUUGCAUCUCAAAUUUGGGUUUCCAUUUUUUUCGAGAUCACUAUACCAUUAUGCAUUAGAAAAGCCUUAUGCACCUCCCCUAAAAGAUGAGCCUCAGGCAAACAGUACCUUUUGUUAG